ACAAUCAGACCAAGAUAGGUUGGCAGCAAUAUUGACAGCCCAGACAGUGAAAUUGGGUACUUGACACAUGUUGAAUAUUAUAACAAAAUUUAGUUAAAUGGAUAGAAAAUGAGCCAUUGUAACGUUGUACGAAUACGUAAAAAAAAAGAAAGAAUUUGGUACCAUUCUAUUCCUUACACUUUAUUGAAAAAUAAAUUGUAUAACAACUAUACACAUAAACGCAAUAUUUUAGGGUCAAAAUGGCAAUUUCCUUGAUCUUCCAUACAUUUAGGACUAUAUGAUGUGACGUCACAUCACCUUAUCAUUUUGUUAGAGGCGUUUCAAUCGUCGAGUGCGAGCGUCAGACUUUAACUCUCAUUUCUGAUCUUUGUGUUGCUUAAAUGCCAUGAGUUCCAUAUAGACAUUUGAUCCUCAGGAAAAUCAAGAUCGUUUGACAUUAUUUACAAAUAACAGUCAAGUAGCCAAUUAUGACGUAUACUUAACAUUUGCACAGGCUGGGCUAUCGAAAUCGCUGCUUGCUUUGCUUGCUAUAUUUGUUUUUAAGUUCGAAUCCCACCCCUUCGCUGUUACAAGAAAGCAAUUGUUAUGAUUCCCUCCACCGCUCAACCGUACACACUAAACACACAGCUCUGCAACCGCGCGGCCUUCGCUCGUCAUGUACAAGCUAAUCCUUUUACUAGUUAUAUUUAUCUCAGUAGAAUCCCAUAGGAAUACUACUAGAAAACUACGAACGUUUAGAGGAGAGUUAGACAGCUUGUACAAUGUAUAUGAUCCCUCUUAUUUGGCCAUCGUGUGGCCUACUAUAAGAAAUGGUGUGCAUUUGGCGGUUAAUAGUGAAUGUUUUGGCGAUAUGAAGGUGUUUUUUAGUGAUUACGGUAGAGGGCGAGCUUGGACCUAUAUUGCGGUGGACGCCUCGGGUCGCUACAGCUCUGGAGCCUACAGCGGUCGCCGCCACUGGCUCGGCUCCAAACAGCAAUGCCUGGACUUGGAUAAGUACAGAAGUACCAGGGAAGAUAAAGAAGUUUUGGCGAAGUUUCGCGACGACGUGUACCUCAAUGCCGUGCUACGGAAGGAUUUUACCCAAGCAGGCUCUGACGGACCGUUGACAGCGCUAGAGAAACUCCACCGAACCAGAGAGGCCCCCGUUCAUCUGGCCUACUCCGUCGUGCGCCUCCACCUCAACGUUACUAAGCUCGACUUGACAGCAGGCUCUGACCGACCGUUGAUAGAGCUAGAGAAACUCCACCGAACCAGAGAGGCCCCCGUUCGUCUGGCCUACUCCGUCGUGCGCCUCCACCUCAACGUUACUAAGCUCGCCAUGGCUAAGAGCCUAGAAGUUAUCCAAGGCCUGUGUCUCCCCCGCUCCUGCUCACCAGAAGACGUGACCGCCAUCAUAAACUUCUCCAUUAUGAUUACCGACACCCUCAAAUCUAACCACACCACCCCUAGGACUGUCAACAUCAUCAACUCCCGACGCAUAGAAGUCACAUAUGACCCAAGAAAUGACUACGCUGCUAUCACCCUAUCAGCUAUCACUUUGGGCUUAGUAAUUCUAUGCAUAAUAGCUACUUUACUAGACUACGACUUACUAAAAUGCCGGAGGAAUGUAUCAGCGAAAACGUUCAACGUUCAAAAGUACAAUAAUGAUUUGCAAAUUCACAAAUCAAAAGAUGAAUUAACUAUUAACAAUGUAGAGAAUUCUAAUAUCAAUCUGAUGACAUUAAAGAAGUAUAAGCAAAACGCAAUGCCUCAAACGCUCGACGUAGUAUCUUUGGAGAAUACUAACAGUUGUAAGCGUUGCGGCAAGUAUAAAAAACAAUGCGUGAACCCAAUGAAGAGUGAAGUUUACCAACCAUGCCCUCGAGUCAGAUACGAUAACUCCAUAUCUAGCUUGAAAGUUAAGAGGAGUGUAUCCCAGUAUCUGCUGCUCUGUUUCUCUCUAAACUAUGGGUGGAAGAGGAUUUUUAAUACAAACAUGGCGAAUAAGGAUCUGUCGAUUAUGCAUGCGUUCAGGAUUGCGACUACGUUUUGGGUGGUGUUUAUACAUGUGGCGACUAUGGUCAGUUAUUUGUCAGACAACGAUCCAGAGAUGAACAGCAGCAACAACGUGUUCAUGAUCCUCGCCACGGGAUCCUUGGCCUUUGACACGCUCUUUUUCGUCAGUGGCCUCUUCAGCUCAUAUCACUUCUUCUACCUGAAGAGCCAGUACAGCGUUGAGGAGCUGGUGAGCUUCGGCGGCGUCUGCGGUCAGAUCUUGCAACUGUUCUGUUUUAUCACCAACAGGGCCGUCAGACUCCUCCCAUCCUACAUGUACGCGAUCUUCUUAGCGUCAGUGUUGUCUCGGGCCACACAGGGAACGUCGGUGUUGGAGCUGCCUGGUGACGUUGACUGCGAUCUCACGUGGUGGCGGAAUAUAUUGUACAUCACCAACUUAUACCCCCAACAUGAGCGGUGCCUUCAAGUAUCCUGGUACCUGACGAUGGAGACACAACUCCACGCUGCCGGCGCGUUGCUCUGCGCCUUGGCGGUACGCCGUCGUGUCGCGCUCGCUGUGGCUUCUGUCAUCGUGUUGGUCGCCACUGCGGGUGACGUGGCGUCCGCUUUCGGCGAUUACAGUAAACCAAUGGCGGACAUGUUCGCGGCGUACCACCUGAUGCUGGAGCGGCCCUGGGCGCGGGUGGCGCCGUAUUUCACCGGCGUGUUCGCCGGGUGGCUAGUCAGGAGGAUGGAUGGACAACUCAAGGUGUCAAAGGUGACGUCCACCUUUCUCUGGCUGGCGUCGCUGUCAGCGCUGAGUGUGGCAUCAGCGGUGCCGUGGGCCGGGCCCGCCUGGGUGACCUGCUUCCUGCAUCUUCUCUGGCCCGUGGUUCUGCUGUGGCCGGCGCUGGUGUGCGCUACCAACUAUGCUGGCCAGAGCCGUCAGCUCCUGGACUCCGGGCCGGUAGCGGCGCUCAGCAGACUUUGCUAUAGCGCGCUGCUCCUACACGGCCCUAUCACGAGAACGGUCCUUCUCAGUUUGGGUGUGCCGCUUUGCUCGCAGACUAUGUGCAUUUGGUCUUACUUCGCGGGCACGACGCUGCUAACUCUCGUCGCGUCUCUGCUCCUCUGUCUUCUGGUUGAGAUGCCAUGCUGCAGUCUCCUAAGGCGGCUUUCUGACUGUGCUACCAGUUAAAUAAUCUGUAAAGCUACGUCCACACUGCACCUUUUUCGUUCAGCGAGAGUACUAACGGCCUUCUAGUCUAGUCGGCAGUGACUGCCUACGGAACGACAGAGGAGCAUUCCACGGGCCCUCCCGUACGGACGCAUUUUAUUUCGUCUUCUUCGGUAGACAAUUUCAUGGAAUGGUCCUAGAUAAGAAGCAAAACCAUAUUUAUUUCAUACGUAACUAUUUCAUCUUUGUUAUGCUCAUUGUUGAACAUAAGUUUGUCUCUUUCUCUUGUGUUUGCGGGGGCUCGUUAGCACGCGCACAUAUCUCGCUUGCCUAGAUGCGAUUAAAGAGCAAUUGUACAAUUAAGAGGAAAGAGGACGGCCGAUUCUCCAUACAAACGUAGUCCCCAUUUUCCUCUGGAUAUUGACAUUUUGGAAAAUAUUUUUACA